AUAUAAUUAUAAUGCUGCGUAGUUUAGGUCUUCAUUACCAGAAUGGAAAUUUGGCAAUACAAUUAAAAAAACAUCGUAAUAUGCACGUUGUUUUACAAAAAUUAAUAAACAAUGUUUUAAAAUCGUUACGCAAUAACACAACAAAUAUUUGUGAUAAUGUUCUUCAAUCUCUUCUACACUGCUACGAUUGGCUGAUCCACUGUGUAAUGUUUCCUCGGAGCCUUAAAGAAAACAGAGGAUUUACAAUAUUUGAACUACAGGUAGAAGACAAGAUUGGCCCACAGUGUCUUCACAGAUAUAUUUCUAGGCUAAUCAAGUUAAUUCGAAGCUAUGAUAAUUUCUUAUUAAAAACACUAACCUAUAAGGAAAAGAUGAGAGCAAAAUGUAUGUUUGAGGACGUAUUCAUCAAAAAUAUUGAAGCCAUUAAAAUGAGCGCGCAAAUGUUAAGAUUUUUUAAGAUAACUGGCCAAAUUACCUUGUUUAAUUCUAGUGAUAGGCAGAAAUACAUCUAUCCAUUGUCAAUGGAAUCUUAUUCUACUGGUACAAAUGGAAAUGGAAAAUUGUCUGCCAAAUAUGGAAGCAUGAGACCUUCCGGAGGAAAGGAAAUAAAUCAGAAAAAAAUGAGCUUACAAUCAAAAUCAAAACAAGCUCAUUCGUUACCUAACAUUGAAAUUAAUCGGACUGUUGCUGUGAAUAAACAAAGUAACACAAAUAGUCAACGAUUAAGCAAAAGUGGAGUUAUAGAACAUUUUCUUUCGAGUCCAAGAAUAUCUUUUAUGUCAGAUAAAAUGGAGAAUAUAGCCAGCUACAUAGUUAACACUUACUUUAAUUUAAAAGUACCAUUGAAAAAAGUAAUCAUUAAAUCGCCUAUAAGUUUGAUUUCAAAAAUACACUACAGGGAUGAAACAGAAGCCGAUGAGAUAUGGAAUAGUCUGGUUAGCCAACAGAACCAAUUUCUGGAAUCUUUUGACCCAGUAAAAGUUAACGUUGAAGAUAUCACAAAUCAUUUAAGCGAUCGGUAUUUAGAGAAAAUGCAGUUGCUACUAUCUACUCGAUUGGAUCACAUAAAAGUAAAACGUAAUCGCUACUCUGUAGGUCGACGAUACUACAUGUACAACAGAGGGGCGGUCUUGCAAAACAAUAAAGUCGAGCUGAAGCCUAAAGAGGGUAUUGGCAAUUUUCAAGCAUUACAUAGGCAAUUCUUCUAUGCACAAUUGGAAAAGUUAUGUAGCACAAACAGAUAUAUUAACAUUAAACGUCUUCACAAGAUUAUUAUGUCAACUCUCGUGCCAAUCAAAAAUUCAGACUUCAAUAUAUUAGAUGAAUAUGAUAGAGAUCCACACCAUUACAAUGUUCAUCUAUUGGCACUAAAUCAUCUCAUGUUUCAAAACGACGCAUUAAGCCUCCUGCACGUUAUAGAAAGUAAUUAUGAUCAAAUAAAACGAUCACUUGCCCGCGUUAGUCGUCACAAAAGAAUAUUUGAAAAAUAUCCCAGAUUAGCGCAUGGCUCCAAGGGCCAAGGCAAAGGAGAAGACGCAUGCAGUGUUGAUAUGCAUGAUGUCAUUUUUUCAUUAGAGCAUCCCGAUAUAUAUGUUAUAAAUGAGGAAUAUCUAAAUAGGCAACGCGAAAAAUGGAUCAAGCUUUUUGCUGAACAAAAAAAAACUCCAACAGAGCUUAAGCUGGAAGAACAGCGAAGAGUCAAAUAUUUAUCGCAAGCAGCUCAACGGUUAACUGAACAUAGACGGAAAAACUCAACGGUGCAUAAAAAAAUUCGUAAAAAAAGAUCCCUUACUGAACUUUACACAGCCCCUCGCAGUACUCAUCGAGUACGUAAGGCUCUUAGAAGUAUUGCAUGCAAUAACCGUGGAUCAAAACUAAGCACAAAAUCUAUUUACAAACAACUACAAGCCGAUAAUGGGAAGACAAAAGCUUCAACGAACAUAGCUGGAGAGCCACUACUUACCAGUAUUGUGUUUGAUGCAGCGUCAUUAAUGAGUUCUUGCAGCAAAUGCACUAAAUCACAGGACAACGGAAAUUCAUUUACUGCUCUUAAUCAUUACUUUCGUACAUAUGAUCAAAUUUUGUCUUCGUGUAAUCACUGUUCAAAUUGAGAAGGAUGUUAUAAACAGUUAGUAUGACCAAUAAAUGACAAUAUUUGCA